AUGUCUAAAUCAUUUCCAAAAUAAAUAUAAAAGGCCAGCAUUACAAAUGAAAAUCAAUUAUUUUGGACCACCUUACUUGUCAACCAAAACCGAAUAAAAUUACUUAUGAAAAUUAUUUUUUCAUUACUAUUUGGGACAAAAAAAACUCUUCUAAGAUAAAUCCUUAACUUUAGAACAUAUAUCCUUUUCAUUUAUUGCUGCUCUUGA